AUGGCAGACAUCCGUUUUGAUGAUGACGUCGAUGACGUCAUUGAGCACUGCCUCACUGGGAAUGUCAUAUGCAGAAUUUUGAAAAACACAAAUGUCCAACCAUUCAAUUUUGAAAAGCCACCUCAAUCUAAUUACAAUGGUAACUUUCCCAAAGAAAAUUCUCUAAAGAGAAAAGAUUCAUUUAGGAAAAUUGUCCAAAAUGGAGCUUGGGGUAGUAAUCAUGGGAUUAACAACUUCAACUACAACAGUUCUUCAGGUUUGAUAUUAGGUUUCAGUAGGUUAAUAUUUGAAGGUGAAGGAUCGACAUUGUUCUGGUCUCAAGAGAUCACAGCUGUGCUGCAUAAUUUAAUUUAUAAAAUAAAAAGCAACAAAACAAAGAAUUAUGUUAUAAGAAUGUUGGAUGUGCCUUGUGGGGAUAUGGUGUGGAUGAAAAGGUUCCUUGAAUCCAGAAAUGACAUUAAUUAUACUGGGAUAGAUGUUGUGCCAGAGUUAAUUUCCAGCCACAAAAAGAAUUUCAAAAACAAAAAUUGGAAAUUUUAUGUUCAAGAUAUUGUUGAUGUCAAAAGUUUAGGGUUUUAUGACAUCAUAUUAUGUAGGAUGCUGCUGCAACAUCUCUAUUCUGGUGAUAUUUUAAGGAUACUGCAAUUAUUUUCGGAUAGUGGAAGCAGCUUUUUAAUAAGCACUACAUAUCCAUCUGAAGCUAUUAACGAAGAAUUAAAUUUGCAACAAUCUGAUAACCCAGGUAGAUACAGAAAAGUGAAUCUAGAGCUUCCGCCAUUUUCAUUGAUAGCACCAAUCUGUAUCUGCAGAGAUGGACCAAUUUAUAACAGAGAACUGAACACUCACUAUGUUGCAGUUUGGAGGCUGCCACUCAUCAAUGUCAUCGAUUGUCUUGAUGGUUAUUCUCAUUUUGUAGACGUUGGGGGUGCAAAAAUACUUUAUAAUUCAUGCUCUAAAAAAUACUUGUAG